UUUACGGUGCCUAACGUGUAUAUUGUAAACAUUACGUAUUUGGUGAAAAAUUCGUUGUGAAAUAGCAGCCAAAAACUGCAUAAUGAGCCGAAUAUUGACCUACAUUUCGCGCGGAAUUCUGCUUAAUGCCAAACCAUUGCGAUGUGUUGUAUCACAUCAGCAAUUGUUCAGUACUACACCGCACGAAUCGUCACAUACCGACCAACCGGCGGAGUUCUACGACAUAAUCAUUGCCGGUGGUGGAAUGGUUGGAACCACAUUGGCGUGUUCAUUAGGUAAAAACCCUCGCCUCGCAGACCGAAAAAUUUUACUACUGGAAGCGGCCAGCGGUUUCAAGCAACCCGCAAUCGGUCAAUCAUCCUACAGCAACCGGGUAUCGGCGAUCAGUAAGGGAACGCAUCGUCUGAUGAAAACGAUCGGCGCAUGGCCACACAUCGAGGCUAGCCGGGUCAAACCGGUACUGAAAAUGCAGGUCUGGGAUGCCUGUUCCGAUGCGUUGAUCACGUUCAAUUACGACGAUAUGUCGGAAAACAUUUCCUGGAUAGUGGAGAACGAUGUGCUGCUGGGUAGCGUCUACCGGCAGCUGGACGGUGUCGAUACAGUGAAAAUUCGCUACUCGUCUAAGGUAGAGGAAUGCCACCUGAUUCGGGAUGGAGCGGCUGCCAGCACCGUUCGGUUGGCCAACGGCGAACGACUUAGCUGUGAGUUGCUGAUCGGAGCCGACGGAUACAACUCGCUGGUCCGCAAGACAAUGGCAGUCGACAAUUUCACGCUAAGCUACAAUCAGAUGGGAGUGGUUGCAACCCUCAAGCUUGGACCCGGAACGGCAAACAAUGUGACCGCUUGGCAGCGGUUUCUACCGACAGGCCCCAUAGCACUGUUGCCACUGAGCGAUGAUACGAGUUCCCUGGUUUGGUCGACCGAUGUUGCGGAAGCGAAACGGUUGCUGCAGUUGGACGAACAAUCGUUUGUCGCGGCUGUCAAUGAGGCUUUCAACAAAAUAUACCCUCGUAAGGGCAUAAUCGAUGAAGUAACGAAAAAUAUCACGUCACUCAUUUCAUCAUCCACUGGACAAAGAUUGGAACCGGCGCCGGUCGUCGAAUCCGUAGUCGAAAAGUCACGGGCUGCAUUCCCGCUAGGGCUUGGCCAUACCAGUACCUACGUCGGCCACGGCGUUUGCUUGGUUGGAGACGCUGCCCACCGGGUGCACCCGCUAGCUGGUCAAGGUGUAAAUCUGGGCUUCGGUGACGUUCAGUGUCUGACCGACACGUUGGCCGAAGCCAAUUACAGUGGAUUGGGAUUGAACAAUCUGUCUCAACUGGUGCGAUACGAACAGGAACGAUUGAAGCACAAUGUUCCUGUGCUGCUGACUACGCAUGGACUGCAGCAACUCUACACGACUGAUUUCGCGCCGAUCGUAGGAUUACGGAGUGUCGGACUUACCAUCACAAAUGCGUUACCCCCGCUCAAGAAAUUUUUAAUGAAUUAUGCCAUGUCCUAAUCUUGAUCGUCAAACAAAAUUUUUGUCGAGCAACGAGCUCUGGACGAGCCGAGUUGGAGUAUUUUAAGUGGCGCAGGUGAGUUUAAUCGUACGUGUUGCGAAAUGGGCCGACGAAGAAGGACAAUUGUAUGUAAUGGGCUACUGUUCUGAGCGUGAAAGUACGAAGCACAAGUCAUUUAUUGUUAGAUGAUAGUUAAAGGAAUUCGCAGGUAUUGGCUUUGUUGAA